UUGUUUGGUGUAAGAUUUGUAGGGAAUGGUUUGGUAACAGAUCAUGACCAUGACCAUUGGCACAAGCAGCGGAGAAUUAUGGAUCCAGCAUUUAGUCGAAGUUAUCUGAUUGGCUUGAUGGGGACUUUUAAUGAACAAGCAGAAGAACUGAUGAUGGAGCUGGAGAAAAAAGCAGAUGGAGAAACUGCAGUGGAUGUGAUGGACCUGCUGAGACGGGUGACGCUGGACAUAAUUGCAAAGGCAGCUUUUGGCCUAGAACUGAACACCCUUCAUGAUGACCGCACAGCUUUCCCGCAGGCAGUGACCAUGAUCAUGAAAGGAAUCGGGGCAGCACGCCGUCCGUUCUUCCGGUACCUGCCAUGGAAUAGAAAAGUGGUGAAAGAAGUGCAGGAAAGUGUGAGGCUGCUGCGUCGAAUCGGCAAGGAGUGCAUCGAACAGAGGCACAAAGCCAUUCGGAAUGGAGAAGAGGUUCCACUGGAUAUUCUCACGCAGAUACUGAAGGGUGCUGCUCAAGAAAAGGAUUGUGAUGAUGAAAAUAUGCUGGACAAUUUUGUCACCUUCUUUGUAGCAGGUCAUGAAACCACAGCCAAUCAGUUAUCUUUUACUGUGAUGGAGCUGACUCGCCACCCUGACAUCAUCACAAAACUUCAAGCUGAAGUGGAUGAGGUCAUUGGCGUGAAGAGAGACAUUACCUAUGAAGAUCUUGGGAAGCUUGAAUACUUAUCACAGGUUCUCAAAGAAAUCUUACGAUUGUAUCCACCAGUUCCUGGCACAGUGCGCUGGACUGGAAAAGAAAACGUCAUUGAAGGCGUCUACAUUCCAGCAAACUCCACCAUAAUUUUCAAUACUUAUCUCAUGGGACACAUGGAAAGGUAUUUCAAGGAUCCAGAGGUCUUCAAUCCUGACCGAUUCAGGAAAGACCAACCAAGGCCCUAUUUUUCCUAUUUCCCAUUUUCCCUGGGAUCUCGUUCCUGUAUAGGGCAAGUAUUUUCACAGAUGGAGGCUAAAGUAGUGAUGGCCAAAUUUCUGCAGAGGUUUGAAUUCGAGCUGGUUCCUCCACAGAGCUUUAAGAUUUUGGAGACAGGAACACUGAGGCCUUUAGAUGCUGUGGUAUGCAGACUGAAACUACGACACCAGCUUGGUUGUAACAGUGAAAUGAAAUAUUGACUACAGGGGCAUUAUUCUUGGCCGUGGCAUUUUGGAACUCAUCUUGGAAUGAAGACAUUUUGGGUUGUCUCCCGUGAUGGCAUUUCCAGGAGGAAGGAAGUGCUGGUGCACAGCUAGCUUUUCCCCACUGUAGCCCGUGCACUCUCCCUAGGACUCCCCUCGGGCAGAUUUGUGGUGCAUUGUUGGAGGGCUGUGGUGGGGAAGAGGAGAUGGGGAAGUAGAAUGGGG